UCCGAUUUAAGGAGCAGCAACAAGUUGUUUUUCUUGCACAAACAUUAACCAUUUCACAUUCUGUUGCUUCUCUUUUUUCCCAUUCAACAAACUCAAAAUCAAAAGCAUCAUCAGAGAGAUGGCAGUGGCAGCUUAUGCAACUUUGCGUUCCCUCUCACAUGUCCUUGACAAUCUCCAGCUUCCUGCUCGUCUCCGUCGGCUUCAUGUCGACACAAAUCAAAUUAAGAGCCUGCAAGAGACUGUUCAGUUCUUGCUAGACUUUCUUGAAGCUCAUUCCCAAAGCAUAAGUGAAGAAAUUGGAGUUCUGGGGAGGCAAAUCGCUAAUGCUGCUGCAGAAGCAGAAGAAGUUGUUGACCGCCAUGUAGUGGAUCAGCUUCGUUUUAGAUCUGAGGAAGAAAGUCAUUGUAUGGCAGCCCUCUCAUCUUUCUCUCAAGAUAUAGACAAAGUCACUGGAAAGUUGGAUUCCCUCACAAAAGAGUUGACGAAGAUGGUGAAAGAAGAAUGGGCAGUCGACGCCCAAGAAGAGCAGUGCAUAGUGUCUGUGCCUGUCAAAUCACCAAAAGCGAGUGGCAAGAAGACUACUAUGGUGGGAUUUGAUGAACACUUGGAACGAAUCGUGGAUAAGCUCACCAGAGGUGAACCUGAGCUCCAGAUCCUCCCCAUUGUAGGGAUGGGAGGGAUUGGUGUACGGAGGAUGUCCGAAGAAGAAUACCAAAUAUGAAGAAACUACAUAUUGAUUAUGAUAAAGAGAAUGAAAUAGAAUGGAUGCACUAUUGUCUCUACAAUCUUGUCCGUCUACAAAAACUCGAAUCACUUUUUAUCAAAGCUAAGUUUCUUCCAUUGGAGAAUCUCGCCUUCCCGACUUCACUUAAGAAGCUGAGCUUGAAGCAUUGUUGUAUUCCUUGGGAAAAGAUGAUGACUGUUGGUUCCUUAUUGCCUAAUCUUGAAAAGCUUGAAGUGAUAGAUAAUUACUUCGAGGAGCACGAAUGGAAUCAAGUUGAAGGAUACUUUCCUCGACUCAAAUUCUUGAGAUUUUCUAGCAUUCACCUGAAGAGAUGGAGGGCUGAAAAUAUCCACUUUCCUAAUCUUGAGACCCUCUUACUAAAUUUCAUGCUGGAGUUGGAGGAGAUCCCUGCAAUUCUUGGAGAUAUACCCACACUCCACUCCAUUCAUUUCGAUGUUUUGGGAGUUCCUGUCAUUCAUUUGGCAAAGCAAAUAGUGGAGG